UAUCCUAGACGCCCAGAUGCGUGAGCUGGCGACCCUGGCGGGAGAGCAGAUGGGGUCGUACUUCGGCUACUCCGUGUGCGUGCAGGACGUCAACGGGGACGGUGUAGACGACGUGCUGGUUGGAGCACCCAUGUGGACAGAUAAGGAACUGCCUGAGAACGGCUGGGAACGCGGGAGGGUCUACAUCUUCCACCAGCUCAGGUCAUACGGAUCCAGGGUUCGGUUUAACAUUGCCCCCACACUGAUCGGUGAGGGUGCUGGGGAAAGGUUCGGGCUGUCAAUGGUUGGACUAGGCGAUAUCAGCAAGGACGGUUAUAACGAUGUCGCGAUUUCGGCUCCGUACGGUGGGGAGAACUCUGACGGCGCUAUCUACAUCUUUAACGGAUCUCCGUACGGCUUAAGGACGGAAUACUCACAGAAAAUUUCUGCUGAUGACGUUGUGCCAGGGAUCAGUACGUUCGGUUUCUCCAUGUCGGCAUCAGCGGACAUUGACGGUAACCAGUACCGAGACUUGAUCGUUGGUGCCCACGCUUCCGACAUGGCCAUCGUUCUGAGAACAAGGCCAGUCCUGAGAGUUCACAGCACCGUUACGGUGGAGCCGAAGGUCAUUGACCUUGAGAACAAGCUCUGCAAAUUGCGAGAUGGUACAGCGGUGCCAUGUUUCAACAUCACGGAGUGUUUCCGAUAUGAUGGAAUCGCUGUGCCACUGAAUAUAGAACUGCAGUACGAGACCGUUUUGGACAAGAUGAGGUUUUCGAACUCCCGCGCCGAUUUCCUGGGUCGCACUGACGUCAUCAAGUUGAUUCGACUCACGCAGGGAGUGCGCAAGUGCGAAAAAUCACAAGCCUACAUCCGGCCUGACCUCCGAGACAAGUUAACGCCCAUUGAGGUGUCCGUCACGCACAGUCUGGAUGACCGGCCUGGCGUCGUGCUUCCUCCCAUCCUGGACCAUCACGCGCGGCACACUGUUUCUGAUCAGACAAAUAUCCUGAAGGAGUGUGGCAGAGAUAACAUUUGUGACACGGAUCUAAGAAUAACAGUUUCAAGUGAGAGAAAAGACAUCUUGAUCGGGACUCCGUACGACUUCAUCAUGCACAUAGAGGUGUGGAACGCCGGGGAGGGCGCGUACGAAGCCGUUAUGACCAUGGACGUGCCUGACGAAGUGGACUACAUCGGCUUCCACAAGAAGUCUAAGGACGCUCAGGUCUCCUGCACCAACGACUUCGGGGCCGUGAAAUGUGAACUGGGGAACCCCAUGGAAGCGAACGAGACGAUCGGUAUAUUUCUGAGACUGUCCGUUUCUCGCCUGAGUGGCAUGAAUGAUUCGAUAUCGUUCGUCGUUCAAGCAAACAGUUCCAACGUAGAAGACCAAUUCUCCAACUUUGACAACGAGGCUAUUCUGACGUUACCCGUUCGUGCCUACGCUAAUGUCGGACUCCGUGGGGUUUCCAUCCCCGAACAAGUCAUUGUGAAAAUGAAGACGGAAAAACAGACCGACACAAAUGGCGAGAGCGGCCCAGUAACGGUGCCCCCUCCUUCUCAACCUGAGUUCAGGCAUAUUUAUGAGAUUUUAAGUACAGGUCCCAGCACAAUAGGAAAGUCGGAGCUCAAAGUGUAUUUCCCGAUGAAAACGGUAGAGGGCGAUAAUUUCAUCUCCCUGGGGAACAUCACUGUGGAAGGAGAUGGGCAGUGUCUAGUUACCCGGAUGUUGGGGCUGUCAGAAUUUAACAUAACGACAGUUCAGGUUGGGCAGCUUUCGGCCACAGCGCCACCUAUCGACGUAGACAAGCAAUGGCAGGAGCUCCAGACGAGAAAACGUCGCCAAGUCUCCAAAGCUGCUGUUCGAGAGCAGCUGGACUGCACCACGGCCAGGUGCAUGCUGAUCACGUGUAUAUUCGGUCCGCUGAAGAGGAACAGCAUCGCGAUCGUGCGACUCAACUCUUUCUUACGUCUCAGCAGUCAUGUAAGAAACUUCAUUUCUUUGCCUCCUAGGCUUUUAGGCGACAUGAUGGGCCAACUCCUUCGCAUUUUCGUUAGCUCAUGUCCCUUGACCUUGAUUCUACUCUUGUGAGUCCCGG